AUUAUCACUAAACAGUAAUACGCUUUUAAUCGCAAUUGUUAUUAAUGCAUUCUGAAUUUAAUAAAGAAUUAACCGUGCAGCAAAUAGCGGAGCUAUGCUAUGGCAAAUUUCGCGAUUUACCAAAAACUGGCAAGCCCACAAACAAUCAGUGGACAGUUCUAGCCGGUAUAGUACAAUAUGACGUACGAUCAAAAUGCGGUAAAGUAGUUUCACUUGCCACUGGAACGAGAUGCAUUGGCAGUAGUAAACUAUGUGCCAGAGGCUUUAUAUUGAACGAUUGCCAUGCUGAGGUGCUUGCAAGACGCGGCUUCCUGCGCUAUUUGAACAAUGAAAUAAUGAAAGCAGCCAUGUGCCUAGUGGGGAAAACAGAGGAGUCGAUCUUUAGCUGGCAAACAGCGGAAAGAUGCUUUACGCUCAACGAAAAUCUGGUAUUCCAUUUCCUUAGCACGCAAACACCAUGCGGAGAUGCUUGCAUUUUGGACGAGAGCAAUAUCGACAUUGACUUUGCCACGCUGCCGGCUAAGCGAAAGCGAUUGGAUAAUGAUGCAUGCGAAGAGGUUUUCACUGGCGCUAAAUUAAUAAGCAGCAACGUGAGCAACGUAGAUCAAUGCGAUGCUAUGCUGCAAACACCAGCAGCGUUGCGCACCAAACCGGGACGCGGCGAGCGCACACUGUCCAUGUCCUGCAGCGACAAGCUGUCGCGUUGGAAUGUUCUCGGUGUCCAGGGUGCACUGCUUGACAUGCUGCUCAACAAGCCCAUUUAUUUUACUAGUUUCAACUUUUGCUGUGCCGAUGCGCACCUUAAAAGUCUACAGCGCGCACUUUAUCAACGCUGGAACGGUAGAAGCUGCAAAGCAAGCCGAUAUCAAGCGCAGGUGCCUCACAUACGCAUUGAUAACACGUUAACCUUUGAGCACAGACAACGGGCCGACUGGCACCCAGCGCCAAAUAGUCUGAUUUGGGUUCUGCUUCCCGAGUCACUUAGACCCUAUGAGGUUGCAGUGAAUGGCAAACGGCAAGGCGUCACCAAAAAGAAGCUCGACACUCCACAAGCAGCGCUCGAUGUGAGUAAAUAUAAGCUGCUACUCAACUUUCUUAACUUGCUGAACGGUUGCGCCGAGCUGCGUCAAAAGCUAUGCUUACAAUUAAGUGAUGUACAGAAUUUAAGCUAUGCUCAGUGCAAAGCUCUCGCAAAAGAUUAUCAACUGGUCUGGCAGCAAUUGAAAUGUGAUUACUUUCAACAAUGGACUUGCAAGCCAAAGGAGUUACUGGAUUUCAGCAAACAGGCUGCGUAGCACGGACGGAACAUAACAUGCCAUAGUUCCUAUUUUGAUCCAUGUGAAUGUAUGUAAUCAAUGCUUGGAAAAGUGAUUUAUGGUUCUUGACACACUUAUACAGAGAUUAUUUUAUAUUUAUUUUUUCAUCUACAUACGUUGAACAAGUGAUAUGAAUGAAUAUGAGUAUUUAAUUAUAUGCAUUGGAAGCUCGUUAAAUAAACUUAUUAAAAGCUGAUUAACAAA